AUGAAACGUUUGAAUUGCAGCCCAUUCUUCGAAAGGAUAUUUGCGGAGCACCCUUGCAAACAUCCGGUGAUUGUGCUAAAGGACUAUCCCGGUCACGAAAUAGCGGCGCUGAUCGACUUUAUGUACCGUGGCGAGGUGAGAGUCGGCCGCGAGGAACUUCCAGGACUGAUGAGAGCGGCGGAAAGUCUACAAGUGCGUGGAUUAACCUCAUCGGAACCGAGGCCAACGUCACCGCCGGAAACACCGACUGCCGAUCUUCUCCUAGGCGAGCCGUCGACACCCGAAGGCGCCAGGCAAGAAACUCCGGAGGAGGAUGACAACGCGUCGGAAAGCACGGCGCCGCCGUCCACGCGAGAACCAGCGCCGGUAACGACGCCCACUGUUUUUCAUCCUGCGAGGGACCACCGUGAUAGGUUACCGCAUAUGGGCCAUUUGAACUUUGGAAUGCGUGAGUUGCGUGAGAGUUGUGGAUCGCCUCUUCUACCUCGGCGAAAACAGGCACGCCCUCGAAGGAGAUCCGGUGAGUUAGUACCGCAAGAUCUUAGUCGGCCUCAUCCACCGCUGAGUCUUAGUCCGUUAGCCAGUGGUUUGAACCUGACCAGUAGUCAUCAACAGCCACAACAGCAACAACAACAACAACAUCACCAACAGUUGUCCACUUCGAGCUCACUUCAGAACCAACAACAGCAGGAAGAUAUUGCGGAGAACCUUUCGAUGAAAAGAUGCUCGUCGCCGAGCGGAGCUGAACAACACAACGUAAAAGCGGAGAGCAGUGAAGCGGCGAGUAGUCCAAGGGGAUCACCGUUAACCGGGACAAGUCUGCUGCACCCUGACGGUUCCCUUCAAGAUAUCCCCUCUGCUGCGGCAGCAGCGGCGGCGGCAGCCGCGGUAGGUUUGCCAAACAUGUCGGCUUUAUCGCUAACGCCGCCGCAUCAUCAUAGCGAGUACCUGACGAGUCUGGGCCAAUUAGCGGCCCAGUGGUUACCGAAUCAUCCACAAAGCCAACUGCCACAUUCAUCUCAGGGUCAUCAUCCGCGGGAUGGCAGUCCGCACGGGCCUAACAGAACUCAUCCGUUUCAACAGCAGCAGCAGCAACAACAGCAACAACAACAACAACAGCAAGAACCUCCGCUGACAGUGCGGCGAAGUUCCGUCACGACGAUGUUCCCGUUGGACGGUGUUGCAUCUUUAGGCGGUGGACUGUUUCCUCAUGCAGGUGCUCUCGAGAGAGGAUCUCUUUUAGCAGAUCUUCACGAUAGUUUUAAACCGGAAACGCUGCACGGGCUUUUUGGUACGGCGGGUCUGAGCGGUCACCAUUCGGGGAAAAAGCCAAAGAAACACAGAGGCGACGGUGACGCGCCACGCAGAUGGGGAGACCACACUAGUCGGGGUUUGCCUGUAGGGAGGCCGAAAGGUCAACACAGUGCACCCAGAGGUGGACCUCCUAGGUCUUGGACGAAUGCGGAACUGACCGAAGCGCUGCAACACGUUUGGAACAAGAAAAUGACCACGUCCCAAGCAAGCAGGAUCUUCGGUAUACCGUACAACAGUCUAUUGAUGUACGUGCGAGGGAAAUACGGGAAAAGUUUGAAACUCGAGCAAUUGAGGAGGGACUGCACAGGCGCGACGACGGGCGAAGUAGUAAUGAAUUCGCUAAACAACAACGUUAAGGCCGUCCAGCCGCCGACGCAAAUGACCCAUCCACUCGCCGGUCUACCACCGCAUCCGGGCGACGACGGUGGAUUUCCUCAUCAUUCGUUGCUCGGCGGUAAUCUACCACAGGGUUUCUUUCCUGACUUUGCCGCAGCUGCGUUCCCAGUGCCGGUUAGUAUGGUGCAUUUACUUCCACCGAGCGAACAAAAGGCUUUCGAACCUCCGGCCAAUCCUGGCGGCAGCAGCGGCAACAGCGGCGGCGGCGGCGGUAGCGGCGGCGGCGGUGGCGGUGCUAGUGGCAGUGCCGGUGAUCUCUCCACCGCACGGAGCAGUCGAUCGCCGUCACCAAUCGAUCACCACCAUCAUCAUCAUCAUCAUCAUCACGAAUCGCUGCAGCCGCAACCGCCACAGUCGGCGCCCGCGCUACUACAGCAAAACGGUUCGGAUUAG